AUGGCUGCCCGACUGCGUGGAGUGGCGAGUAAAUGCAUAUUCUGUACUCUUGUCCCUAGGCAGAUAACACCAAUCCUCUCACAACUCCCGGGCGCAAUCCCAGGAACGGUCCGCUACAGGUCUGUAAAGACAAAGCCCGCCUACCGCAUCCUCAAAGACAGUAGCAAAAACCCCAGCGUCCUCACCGAUAACCAACUCACAAAGAUCCUCCGCUCCAUUUUUGAGCGCAUCCGACCCCCCUUCCUCCCCCAAGGCAGCGACCGGUUUCCCUCUGACUCCGUCCUUCCUGACUAUCUUGCAGAUCUAGGCCUCGAGCCCCAAAAGCUCGUGCAAAAGUUCCGCCUGUUCGAAAACGAUGUUCUUUUUGCCGCAAGCUCUAACACUAAACGCGAGUGGAAGUCCCCGCGCCAUGAGCUCUUCACCACCCGCUCCCAGAUCACCGCCGCAAUCUCCUCCAACGAUGGACUCCCAUUGUGGCUCAAAAAGCAAUUUAAGGCUUUUGCAGGCACGGAGGUGGCCACCGCGGGGAAGGAUGUGAUGGGCAAGGUUGCUGACCUGCGGUACCCGCAGGAGUGGUAUCCGGGCACAAGACACUACCAGCGCACAUGGUACCUACACGUCGGCCCGACAAACAGCGGGAAGACGUACAACGCACUGCAGCGCCUUAAGGAGAGCCAGAGCGGUGUCUAUGCAGGGCCGCUUCGGCUGCUGGCGCACGAGGUUUACGAGCGUAUGAAUGCUCAGGGAAUACCCUGCAAUCUUGUGACGGGUGAUGAGCGCCGCAUUGCGAGCGAGGAGGCCGGGAUCUACUCGAGUACGGUGGAGAUGGUAGAUCUGGGCCGGCGGGUUGAUGUCGCGGUGCUCGACGAGAUCCAGAUGAUUGGGGAUGAGGACCGUGGGUGGGCAUGGACGCAGGCGCUUCUAGGUGUUCGUGCGAAGGAGGUGCACAUGUGUGGUGAGGAGCGGACAGUAGAGCUCAUCUCGAAGCUGGCAAAAAUGAUGGGCGAGAAGUUGGUCAUCAGGCGAUAUACUAGACUUGGUGGGCUCCAAGUUAUGACGGAGAGUCUCAAGGGCGACUUCUACCAGCUCGAGAAGGGUGACUGUGUGGUUACCUUUUCAAGGAAGAACAUCUUUGCACUGAAGCGCGAGAUUGAGUCUACUACGGGGAAGAAAUGCGCUGUCAUCUACGGCUCCCUGCCACCAGAAACUAGGAGUAUCCAGGCUCAGCUUUUUAACGACCCCAACAGCGAAUAUGAGAUCCUCAUCGCCUCCGACGCCGUUGGUAUGGGUCUCAACCUGAGCGUAAAACGUAUCAUUUUCGAAACGACUGUAAAGUUCAACGGCAGACAAAUGGAGCCCGUCUCCGUCCCUUCCAUCAAACAGAUUGCCGGCCGUGCCGGCCGCUUCCGCGUCCCUACAAGCAAAUCCGCAGAAACCCACGUUGACAUCAGCGCCCCCGCUGCGCUCUCCGCACCCCUCCCGGGUCUGGUUACCGCCCUCGAUGACGAGGACAUGCCGCGGCUGCGGAAAUCCAUGGCCAUUGAACCACAGCCGCUCCGCUCCGCCGGGAUCCUCCCCUCCACCAACCACAUCGGAGAACUUCGCAGCCCUCUUCCCGCCCGAUGCGCCGCUCGCAAAGAUCCUGCUUGCAAUGCGCGAUUCGGCGCAGCUCAAUAA